AUUGGUGUUUCCUCAAUCAUCAAACUCUCUUUUUUCUCUACUUCUUGCACAUAAUAUAUACUUCAAAACUAUAGUAUAUAAUACUAUACUAAAUGAAUAAUAUGAUUACCACGGAAUACCUGAGAAAUCUGCUUGUGUCCCUUCUCUUUUCUGCUCUUAUACUUACCUUUCCGGUCUCAGCAAGACCAGCAACAUUUCAGCAAGAUUUUAAGGUUACAUGGGCUGAUUCCCAUUUCAAGCUCGUUGAGGGGGGGAAAGCAAUUCAACUUAAGCUCGAUCAGACUUCUGGAUGUGGGUUUGCCUCAAAAUAUAAGUAUUUACAUGGACGUGUGAGUAUGAAACUCAAGCUUGUACCUGGAGAUUCUGCAGGAACUGUUACUGCAUUUUAUAUGAACUCAGACACAGACAAAAUACGUGAUGAGUUGGAUUUUGAGUUCUUGGGAAAUAGAACAGGCCAACCUUAUACGGUACAAACAAAUAUUUACGCCCAUGGAAAAGGUGAUAGGGAGCAAAGAGUUAACCUAUGGUUUGAUCCUUCUGCUGAUUAUCAUACCUAUACUAUACUUUGGAAUCAUAAUCACACUGUGUUCUAUGUCGAUGAAGUUCCCAUAAGAGUAUACAAGAACAAUGAAGCAAGAGGAAUACCAUAUCCUAAGGUACAACCAAUGGGAGUAUUUUCGACUUUAUGGGAAGCUGAUGAUUGGGCAACACGGGGUGGAUUAGAGAAGAUUGAUUGGAGCAAAGCCCCAUUCUAUGCUUACUACAAGGAUUUUGAAAUUGAAGGUUGUCCUGUGCCAGGACCAGCCUCUUGUGCCUCAAAUCCUCGAAAUCAGUGGGAAGGUGUAGCUUAUCAAGGGUUAUCACCUACUCAAGCAAGAUUACAUCGAUGGGUUCGCCUUAAUCAUAUGAUUUAUGAUUAUUGCAAUGAUAAAUCACGUUUUACCGUUACUCCUCCUGAGUGUAUUAGUUAAAACACAUAUUUAAUAAUUUAUAUAUUCAGUAGUGAUUUAAGCACGAAUUUAAUUAAGUAUAUAUGUUUAUAUAUACUCGUAUAAUUUGUAAAGUGUAAAAAUAAAUUGCGCACAUGCGAAAGUAUAUGGUACCAUCAAACACCAUAUAGCUUAAUCAAUUAUUGGUGUGCAACCUAUGUAUAAAGUGUAUUUGUGCGCCGCUUAUGUGUAAAGUGAUGUAAUAAAUUAAUAAUCAUAUAUGUUAUUGGAAAAACAUGUACACCAACGUCACCAGAUUGCCGCAGUAAUUAGUGGUGUCAAUUCAGUUAACCAGUUCAGUUCUGGUUUAAACCAAACAGUUUAGUUGGCUUCAGUUCAGUUAAUUCAGUUUAUUUUUCCGAA